GACACAAAAGGCCAGAGGGAGAAGAAGAAGGUCCACAAACAUUUUAGCUUAACAUCUGUUUGAUGUUGUUUGCUGUAACAGCUGUAGAUCUGGAACUCUCAUCUGUAACUAGAUUAUUUCUCGAUGGCAAUUGCUUUGAAGAUAUUGUUUUAUUUUGGGCCAUAAAUCUACUCGCUGAUUGAGUUGCAUUGCACCUUAACCUCUGAGAAAGUGAACACAGAGCGGAGGAGCUCUGGCUCGACGGUAUUGUUUGCCUCACCUUUGGAAAGCAGGUGUUAUGGAUCGACAGAAUUUCCUGUGCUGGAGAGUUGCCCUGCUGCUUCUCUUAAUGCCAUGUGGCCUCCAGUGUAUGUCAGUGCACAUCCUCAGUGAGCAGCCUGUGCAUGUAAUCCCCGGCUCCGCUCUGGUUCUGAAGGCCCGGAUAGAGCACGGACCCCUGGAGGAGGUCUCCACAGUAACCUGGGAACGGGAGCCCGAAACUGGAAUAGCCCCCACGAGAGUGACACUGGCUACCUGCCCUGGCGACAGCUUCAAGUGUGUUGGCACGAGGCCAAAGGUCCGUGUGAACGUGGAGCAGCAGGAAACGACACUUCAGAUUAAUGAAUACAGCAGAGCGGACGGCGGUGUGUACACUGUGACUGUGACGGAUCACACAGGAGCCAAGACCCCUGCACACUGCAUUGUCAGGGAAUAUGAGGCAGUGCACCAAGUGUCCGUCAGCAUCAAUGUGUCUCACUCCUCACUGGUUUGCGGCGAGGCCUGGGGGACGGACCCACGCUUCUACUGGCUCCACGAGAGAGCCGCCAUCACCAAGACUGUGGGAAAUGUCUCACCAGAUGGAGCGACAUUGUCAGUGACCAUGACCCCUAUAUGUGGCCACUUCACCUGUAUGGUUAGCAACAAACUGGGCUACAGUUCUGCCACCUACACUGCAGCACCGUGUGAGACAGAGGGCAGAGGAACGACGGCGGCUAUAGUGUGUCUCGUCCUCCUGCUGCUGUUUGGAGGAGUGCUGGCAUUUCUGCUGUGGUGGAAACACAGGCACAAUUACAGAAGAGAGAGACUGCACGAACCUUUGGAUUCUUCCAUCUAAAAAAAAAAA